UGGACGAGUCCAUGGAUCUGUGGAUGGGAUUACAACCACUGGUUACGGUCGGUGGUUCGUCCUACAAUUAAAAAGAACUAUCAACAUUCCUGGUUACGGUCGGAAUGGGAUUAUGAUCUGAGUUCAACCACUGGUUACGGUCGGUGGUUUCGUCCUAUAAUGAAAAAAAUCACCAAUACUCCUGUGGACGAGUCCAUGGAUCUGUGGAUGGGAUUACAACCACUGGUUACGGACGAGUUCAUACUUUUUGGAUGGGAUGACGAUCCUCGUUUAAUCACUGGUUACGGUCAGUGGUUUUGUCCUACAAUAAAAGAACCAUCAACACUUCUGGUUGCGGCUCCGGCGGUUAUAACGGUAUAG